UAUUACGGAGCAUUUGACCUUCUAAUCUCUACAGCUGAAUCUCCUGAUACCAGGAUUAGGAAGGAGUGCCUUCAGACCCCAAGAACCAAUAUGUAGCAAAUGGCUAUCACACCUCCAAAGCUCCUCCCUUGAUUCAACGCUUGCAUUUUUUAAGGAUCCUUGUCACCUCAGCAGUGAAUUGUCUUGUGAACUUCAGAAACAGAUUUCAUGUGGUGCUUGCUAAACGUCGAGUCACCAUGAGUAGUAAUCUAGGAAAAGAAAAGGACUGUAAAGAGAAGGAUCCAAAAGUCCCAUCAUCAAAAGAAAGGGAGAAGGAGGCCAAAGCCUCUGGAGGAUUUGGGAAAGAGAGCAAAGAAAAGGAGCCUAAGACCAAAGGGAAAGAUGCCAAAGAUGGAAAGAAGGACUCCAGUAGCACGCAGCCUGGGGUAGCUUUUUCAGUGGACAAUACGAUAAAAAGACCUAAUCCAGCCACAGGUACCCGCAAAAAAUCCAGCAACGCUGAAGUGAUCAAAGAGCUAAAUAAAUGCCGGGAAGAGAAUUCAAUGCGCUUGGACUUGUCCAAGAGGUCUAUACACAUGCUUCCAUCAGCUAUCAAAGAGCUAACGCAGUUAACAGAACUUUAUUUAUACAGUAACAAACUGCAGUCCCUACCUGCAGAGGUGGGCUGUCUUGUGAACCUGAUGACACUGGCCCUGAGUGAAAACUCACUUACCAGUUUGCCUGACUCUCUUGAUAACUUGAAGAAACUGCGCAUGCUUGACCUGCGGCAUAACAAACUUAGAGAAAUCCCUUCGGUGGUGUAUAGGCUAAGCUCUCUCGCCACUCUUUACCUACGCUUUAAUCGUAUAACUACUGUGGAAAAGGAUAUCAAGAACUUGUCAAAACUCACCAUGCUUAGCAUACGAGAGAACAAAAUCAAGCAACUACCUGCUGAAAUUGGUGAGUUGUGUAACCUCAUAACGCUGGAUGUAGCGCACAAUCAGCUUGAACAUCUUCCAGAAGAGAUUGGAAGCUGCAUGCAGAUCACCAACCUUGACUUGCAGCACAAUGAGCUCUUGGACCUGCCAGAAACCAUAGGAAAUUUGUCCAGUCUAAGUCGUCUUGGCCUGAGGUACAAUAGGCUGUCAGCAAUUCCGAAGUCUUUAGCAAAAUGCAGUGAACUUGAUGAACUGAACCUGGAGAACAACAACAUUUCUACUUUACCAGAGGGUCUUUUAUCCAGCCUUGUCAAACUGACUAGUUUAACACUGGCCAGGAACUGCUUCCAGUCCUAUCCCGUGGGUGGCCCGUCCCAGUUCUCUACAAUCUACUCUCUCAAUAUGGAGCACAACCGCAUCAAUAAAAUCCCCUUUGGAAUUUUCUCUAGAGCUAAAGUAUUAAGUAAGCUGAACAUGAAGGACAAUCAGCUGACCUCUCUCCCCUUGGAUUUCGGGACUUGGACUAGUAUGGUAGAACUGAACUUAGCGACUAAUCAGCUCACAAAAAUCCCUGAGGAUGUAUCUGGGCUUGUUUCUCUUGAGGUUCUUAUCUUGUCAAACAAUCUACUAAAGAAACUUCCCCAUGGAAUUGGAAAUCUGCGGAAACUCCGAGAGCUAGAUCUAGAGGAAAACAAACUGGAAUCCUUGCCAAAUGAAAUAGCUUACCUCAAGGAUCUGCAGAAAUUGGUUCUGACUAAUAAUCAGUUGACCACCCUUCCCAGAGGUAUCGGUCACCUUACCAAUCUGACGCACCUUGGGCUUGGAGAGAAUCUUCUCACACACCUUCCUGAGGAAAUUGGUACACUGGAGAAUCUGGAAGAACUGUAUUUGAAUGACAACCCCAAUCUGCACAGCCUUCCCUUUGAGCUGGCUCUUUGCAGCAAACUGUCAAUAAUGAGUAUUGAGAACUGCCCGCUCAGCCACCUUCCACCUCAGAUUGUUGCAGGAGGACCCUCCUUCAUCAUUCAGUUCCUAAAAAUGCAGGGACCAUAUCGUGCCAUGGUCUGAUGCUCAUCGGAUUGUCCAAUACACUGUACAAAAUACAAACUGCAUUAAUGUUGUAAUUGUCUGUAUAUGUAUAUAUAAUAUAAUAUAUGUGGUUUAUAUUAUAUUAUAUAUAUAUAUAAAUAUAUAAAUAAUAUAAAAAGGCAAAUUUAAGACUGCAUUAUGUGUUUCUGCUAAUAGAGGAAUCAUAGCCAUUUAGAUUUUUUUUUAUUCUGUAAAAAUGCUUGUCUAAGUUUUCUUUGCUGAAUUUGAUGGAAGUUGUCUGAAUAAUCUGGAAAUGCCAGUUCAUUUAAAGCAAUUGCCAAUGAACUCAAAGUUUAAAUUUAAGGGACAAAAAUCGUUUUGCUUGGAUUUACUUUCAGUUAAGAGAAAUGUAUAACCUUUAUAUAAUGAACUUUUCUGUUUUCCUCCCUCUUUUUUUUUUUUUGUGUCAAAACCUGAAAGGGUUGUGUGUCCUGAGGUUGGGAUUUUCUUUUAACUUAUUUUGAGAUUUGAAGCAAAUGGUGUUUUUAUAUUGUUUACAGUCAGAGUAAAUCACUGGAUUUUGUUUUAUUCUGAUUUGCUCUGUUUUAAUCAAUCAUAUCUAGAAUUUAUAUGCCUCUGCUGAUGAAUUUUUAUCAACCGGUUUGUAUACUAAAAACAUAUACUCAUCAGAACAACUGGCAGGUGAAAAGGAUGCAGUCAAAACAAAAGAAAAAGAAAAGAAAAAAAAAGCUUGAAUUCCUUUAAGUCUUGCUUCCCUGAGUUAUCAGUUGCGGGCAUAACAUAUCUGAACUGAGCCUUUUGCGGUUGGUCUUUUCUAGCACAAGUAAACCUUUUCAGAUUGGUAAAAACGUUGAGUAUACUCAGUGAAGUGAAGUAACGAGUCCAUGAGGUCUAACAGUACAGUUAAGUGGCAAGGAAAUAAUAUAUAUGUACAUUUUUACUACAAUGUUGAGUCAUAAACUACAACAGGCAAUUUUAAGGGUUCCUUAUAGUCCUUGUACAAUAAAUGAAUGUGUCUUACUUUUAAA